ACCUACAGAAUUAGGGCUUGCGUCUUGCAAUAUGGCACAAUUUCCCAGAUCUUUGACACAUAAGCAGAUAUCUUAUUUGGAUCUUUCUCGUAAUAAAAUCAAUGGGGCCGUACCAAAGCAUGUAUGGGAGACAUGGAGUAGUAGCCUUCGGUAUUUAAAUCUUUCACAUAACAUGUUCACUAAUAUUCAACCUACUUCAGGGGUUUUCCCUUUCAACAAUCUAUUGGACACUCUCGAUCUUAGCUUCAAUAGACUUCAGGGGCGGAUCCCCAUGCCAAAAUCAUCAGCAACAUACUUGGAUUAUUCAAAUAAUAGAUUCUCUUCUGUUCUUCCAAACUUCACUUCAUAUAUUAGGUACACCAGUUAUCUCAGCAUGUCAAAAAAUUUAUUAAAUGGCCACAUAUCUUAUUCAAUUUGCAAUUCCACACUGGAAGUCCUUGACCUAUCACAUAACAACUUUAGUGGCCCAAUUCCAUCUUGUCUAAUCGAAAAAGGUUAUAGAUAUUGCCAUAAAUGUGGGGUAGAAUUUCGUUUACUUGUUUUAAAUUUGAGGGGAAAUCACUUCGAAGGGACAUUUCCUUCCAAAAUUCCAACAGGAUGUUCUUUAAAAAUGGUAGAUUUACAUAACAAUAAGAUUGAAGGGCAGCUUCCCAGGGGACUUUCUAACUGCACGGACUUGGAGAUUUUGGACUUUGGAAGCAACCAAAUAGCUGACACUUUCCCUUCUUGGUUGAGGGUGCUUCCUGAGCUUUCUGUGAUGAUCCUAGGAUCAAACCACUUCUAUGGCACAAUUGAUGAUAUUGCUGGGGUUACCAAAUCUGACGAAUGCUUCCCAAGCUUGCGAAUUAUUGAUCUUGCCUCAAACAAUUUCUCUGGUAGUUGGAGACCAGAAUAUUUCAAGCGAUUAAAAUCGAUGAUGACAAAGUUCAAUACUACCGGACAAAGUAUAUCUGUUGAUCAGUUCUCGGACUUUGUUGGAUUCUAUCAAGAUUCUAUUGAGAUCACAUACAAAGGGUCUUAUAUGACACUUGGAAAAAUCUUGACUACCUUCACAGCCAUUGACUUCUCAAAUAACAGAUUGGAGGGUACCAUUCCUGAAUCAAUUGGAGGACUUGUAUCACUACGUGUGCUGAACAUGUCAAACAAUGCCUUCACAGGAAAAAUUCCUGCUGAACUUGGCAGCAUGACUGAUUUAGAGUCACUAGACCUGUCCUGCAACCAACUCUCAGGGGAGAUUCCACAAGAGCUGACCGAUCUCACCUUUCUCGGCGUCCUGAACUUGUCAAAUAACCGCUUGGUUGGAGAAAUAGCACAGCCUGGGCUUUGGCGCCGGAUUUGCAGCUGCUAUUGUGGUGAAAUGGGGUCGGGUCGGCAGAUAAUUUGUUGCAAAUGCCAGAGCUUCGCGAACCUGAAUGCUACUGGAAGGUGAGAGUCUAUGCAAUCAAUAUGUUUUAUCGGAGGCUAAGUACCUUCCAUUCAGUAUGUUUUUGCAGUAAUAUCACUUAACUCUCGCUGAAGUAUCUUACUUAUAUCAGGUUAAUCCUUAACUGUACAUCAGUUGUGGACUGCUUCCAUGUAUCUGGCCUUACACAAUAUCUGUACUACGAUUACACACUAUCCGGACUGCUACGCUUGUUGCCUGUUAUUCAGUGUGUAAGUUAACUGUGCUCAAUGGCACUGUCAGUAGCGUGGUGAGUAAGAUCGUGAAAUGAAUUGAAACUUGAUGCUUUUAACAGGCAGAUACACAUAAAGCAAUAUCUUGUGAAGUCGCUGUACAUAUUUGAUAAUGCUCCAAUGCAUAAACUUGAUCAAUGGAUUUUUAGUAGUUUUGUCUGAA